GAAUAAACAUGAAGUCAAAAGUGGUGUUACUUUUAACCCUACUCGCGGCAGCGGCCGUCGUCCACGGCCAGCACGAUCCGCACUUCUGGCCCGGUCACAGCACGAUCGUGCACCUGUUUGAGUGGAAGUUCUCGGACAUUGCGCUGGAAUGUGAGCGCUUCCUGGGACCGCGAGGUUUCGGCGGCAUUCAACUGUCCCCGGUCAACGAGUACGUCAUCGUGCAACGUGGCGCCAACCGACCCUGGUGGGAGCGCUAUCAGCCGGUUUCGUUCAAGAUUAUCUCUCGGUCGGGCAACGAGCAAGACUUUCUGGACAUGUCCCGCCGGUGUAACGCCGUGGGGGUGCGGCUGUACGUGGACAUCAUCAUCAACCAUAUGGCGGCUCAUCCGGGUGAUAGCGGGGACGGAGUGGGAGUUGGAGUCGGAGGGUCUACGGCGAUUCCGAGGGAUCGGUACUUCCCGGCGGUGCCGUUCGGCGACGCGGACUUUAACCCUUCGUGUCAGAUCACCGACUGGGGUAACGCUGUGCAGGUGAGGGACUGUGAGCUGCUGGGUUUGCCUGAUUUGAACCAAGCGGUCGGGAAUGUGCGAGAUCGGUCGGUUGACUUUUUGAAUCAUCUGAUUGACUUGGGAGUUGCUGGUUUCCGUGUGGAUGCUGCCAAGCACAUGUGGCCCGGAGAUAUGGAGGUCAUCUUUGGUAGGUUGAAGAAUUUGGACCCGAGCUUUGGAUUUGCGCCGGGAUCGCGUGCCUUCAUGAUGCAGGAGGUCAUCGAUAAUGGUCCGCAUGAAGCGAUUCGGAAGUACGAGUACACCCACCUGGGAACGGUCACGGAGUUCAUGUACUCGUUCUACGUUGGGCGUGCCUUCGUGGGUAACGACGCCCUAAUUUGGCUGCAAACUUUGGGUGUAGACUGGGGACUGCUACCUUCGAGAGAUGCCCUAGUUUUCGUAGAUAACCACGACAAUCAACGCGAUCAUGGCUCGGGAGGACAAGGCGGUAACAUUUUGACCCAUAAGGCGCCAAGACCGUACAAGAUGGCAACCGCAUUCGCGGCAGCCUUCCCCUUCGGUCAACUCCGUAUCAUGAGUUCGUUCUUCUUCGACGAUUCGGACCAGGGACCUCCGGAGGAUGCCAACAACAACAUUAUCUCUCCGUCGAUCAAUCCGGACGGUAGCUGUGGAAACGGUUGGGUUUGCGAGCAUCGCUGGCGCCAGAUAACCAACAUGAUCAACUUCCGGAACGUUUGCUGGGGAACCCCGAUGACGAACUGGUUCUCCAGUGGGCAGAACAAGAUUGCCUUUGGACGGGGCAGCUGUGGCUUUGUGGCGUUCAACAACGAACCCGGGCAGGACAUGUUGGAGGUUGUGCAGACCGGGUUGCCUGCUGGAGUUUAUUGUGACGUUAUAUCUGGGGAGAAGGUUGGAAGCGCUUGUACCGGUAAGAGCAUCUCGGUUUUGGCCGAUGGUCGAGCUUCAAUCAGUAUUGCUCGGGAUGCUGAGGAUGGUGUGGUGGCGAUUCACAUUGAGUCUCGGUUGUAAAAUGUCAAAACAGAUCUAAUAAAACGAUUCAACUUCCGACGUA